AUGAAUAAACAAAAUACACCAUCACCACCACCACCUAUAGCAACAAAUACAGCAACAACUAGUAGUAGUAGACAUGUAUAUCAUCCAAAGUUGAUUGAGAUGGCAGCUGGAUGUGGUGCUGGUGCAGCGGCAUCGUUGGUGACGACACCUCUCGAUGUACUGAAAACAACUAUACAGGUACGAAGAAAAGGCGAUGGUAUAACGGUGUGGCGUACCUUUACAGAGAUGGUCGAUAAAAAAGGUGUGCGUGGUUUGUUCGUAGGACUGAAACCGACACUCGUUGGUCUGGUACCUUCUUGGGCAAUCUACUUCUCAUCGUACUCCUACUUCAAAUCGAAACUUGGACAACUCCUACACACCGAUCCAUCGACAUCGUCCGGACUACACAUGAUCGCUGCAAUGGGUGCCGGUGCUACGACAUCAACCAUAACCAACCCAAUAUGGGUAAUAAAAACUAGAUUAAUUACACAAGAAAUGAGUGGAAGAGAAAGGAGAUAUACUGGUAUAGCUCAAAGUUUUGUAUCGAUUAUAAAGGAGGAGGGUGUUGCUGGUUUAUAUAAAGGUUUAGGUCCAAGCUUGUUAGGUCUAAUACAUGUCGGUGUACAAUUACCACUUUACGAGAAGUUAAAAAUGAUAAUGAAAGAAAAGAAACAAAAAGAAUUACAAAUGUUUGAUAUUGUUUUGGCAUCGUCUGCAAGUAAGAUUGUUGCUAGUAUAGUGGCGUAUCCACACGAAGUACUUAGAUCACGUUUACAAGAUAAUUCACCACAUUCACCAUUCAAACUAAAAGGCGGUCUACUGGCGAAUUUCAAACAGAUCAUCAAUGAAGAAGGUUUCCGAGGAUUAUAUAAGGGUAUGGGUGUCAAUUUGAUAAGAGUGACACCUGCCUGUGCAAUUACAUUUACAUCUUAUGAGUUUAUAAGAAAUUAUUUAGUUUCCAUUGACAGUAGUGGUGGUAAGUCCGAUCAACAACAACAACAACAACAACCACCACCACCAACAAUAAAAGAAGAGAAAAAGGAACAACCAGUAAAUCAUAAUCAUCUAUACAAACUUUGGCAUACAAAUUUGACUGUUGUUUCUUCAUUUUUAUUUGGUUUGUCACAAACAGAAUAUUUCAUACAAGAGGAUUUUUGUGUAUGGGUAUACAAAUCUGAUUUGAACUUUCCAAGACAUCUAUAUAUUGCUAGCAAUGGUGAUGUUUUAGUAUCUACAAACGGUACCAUAACUGCUCUAUAUGAUACCAAUACGAAUGGAAAUCUUAUUAAUGAUGUAUUAAUAUAUAGCAACCGCACCUGGAUUAAAUCAUGGUAUCGAUUUAUUUCAACGACUUUCCAACCACCCUAUGAUAAGGGUAUGUUUGUCACUCAACACGGAUCGUGGGAUCGUGUCCCGACCACUGGAUAUCAAGUGGUACACAUUCAAACCGAUAGCAACUACAAUCCUGUGAAUGCAACGAUUACCAAAUUCUUUGGUGGCGUACCUACUCCUCAAGGUGAUAAAUGUGCAUUCCGUCCAGUGUCGGUUGCACGUCUCGCACCUGUGGUAACAGCAACACAGAGUGUCUCUUGGUAUCGAGUGACGCAUCCUGUACAAUCAUUGCAAUUCGCUAUCAACCAAGAACCAACAACAACAACAACAACAGCACUACACCAACACCUUCCACUGGAAAAUCAGCAACAAAUACAACCACUGGAAUUAAUUACAUCAAAUACUAGACCAACAUAUUGA